GGUUUCUUGAGAAAAGAAAGAAAAAGAACUUUAUGAAACAGUUGAUCAGCCGCGAAUCUGAAAUCGACCGCCAUUAACGAUCCGCGUUCUACGACCCCAUCGAUUUCCCAUUUCGCUAAGAGAUUCAGCAAUGUCAAAUUAAUCCUUCCCUCAUUCAAUUCUCUAUAAGAGAACCUUCAACAAAUUCUUCUUCCCCACUCAAACCCAUCUCAAUUUCUUCGAAUAAUGGCGAGCAUCAGAGUCCAUGGAAGCCCCAUUUCCACUGCCACAGCUAGAAUUCUCGCUUGUCUUUACGAGAAAGAUCUCGAUUACGAGUUCGUUCUUCUGGACAUGAAAAACAACGAGCACAAGAAACAUCCCUUUCUCUCCAUUAACCCGUUUGGUCAAGUUCCUGGGUUUCAAGAUGGGGAUCUCACCAUUUUCGAAUCAAGGGCCAUUACUCAAUACUUGGCCAAGGCCUACGCCAGCAAGGGAACCCAAUUGAUCUCCGACGACCCAAAGAAAGCGGCGAUCAUAUUGACAUGGAUCGAAGUGGAGGGCCACCAUUACGACCCACCGGCGGUGGCUUUAUCAUUCGAGCAUCUAGUCAAGCCCCAAUUUGGGCUUGGUGAAACCGAUCCUGCAGCAGUGGCGGAGAACGAAACCAAGCUGGGGAAAGUUCUUGACAUCUACGAGAAUCAGCUUAGCAAAAACAAGUUCUUGGCUGGGGAUGAGUUCAGUUUGGCGGAUUUGCACCAUAUCCCCAAUGUGAGCUAUUUGUCCAUGACGCCAUCGAAGAAGCUGUUCGAGUCACGGCCACGUGUCAAUGCUUGGGUGGCCGAGAUCACUGCAAGGCCUUCGUGGGCUAAGGUUGUUGCCUUGCGCAAUCAGAGUUAAGAGCUUUGGUACUAUACCAACAUGAACAGGUAGUUUUUGUUUUGUUGUUGGCUUGUAAAUGGUGCUUAGGGUAAAAAAAAAUAAAUGUUUUGGUCACUUUUACCCUAAGUACUUUUGCUUCAUGGGUGUAGUUUGUUUUUGUUUCUCAUCAUGGAUGUAUGAAAAUGGAAAUAAUUGCCUUGGCUCACAAAGUUCCCCUUUGGGUAAUGUUGAUAAUUUGUUUGUUUCUGACUGUCAAACAAGUUUAAAUUUAUUGAACUUAUGACCAACAUUAAAAUAUGAUUAAAAAUUACUUUGAUCCUUAAACGAUUCGGACUCUGAA